CACCACCACCACCACCUUAGUCCAAUUGACAUUCCCUUCACUCUCCAAGUUCUUCUCUCAUGUAUACAGCCAUCUCAAAGCCACUUAUCAUAAGCACAGCCUAAUCAUGGGAAACUGCCUAGUUCUUCACCGGAAGACCAUACAAAUAGUUAAACUGGACGGAAAAGUCCUUGAGCACCAAAAUUCGGUGGAGGUCUGCCAUGUCCUCACAGAUUUCUCCGGUCACGGCGUGCUGGACACUCUCCCACAGGUGGAAGCUGAUCGCUCCCUGCAUCUCUCUCCAGAAACUGUCUUGAAGGGCGGCCACUCUUAUUACCUCGUGCCUCUUCAGCCACCCGAAAACGUCCCGAUGAAGAUGAAGAAGAAGAAGGUGAGGUUUGCAGAUUCUUCGGAGGCAGCCGGAGAUCAGGGGGUCCUAGCUUCAUCAGGAUCUUCUCCUUCUGUUGGUGGGGCUGUGAGGAUAAAGCUGGUGAUCAGCAAGAGAGAACUGAUGGAGAUGAUGAAGAGCAGAGGAGUUUCGGCCAGCGAGGAGCUGAUGUAUCAGAUUAUGAGUGGACAGAAGCUGCAAGUUCAUGAUCAUCUAGAGGAGGUUGAUGAUGAUCACAGGGACGAUGAUGGUGAGGGUUGUAAUAAAGGGUGGAAGCCUGUCUUAGAAACUAUACAUGAAAAAUGAUCAAUUAUAUAUAAGUCUAGUUUACAUAUGUCAUAUCAUAUGUAUAGCUUAGGAUCACCAAAUGUAUACUAACAAUGGAAGAAAAGAAAAGAGCUAAUAUAUGUUACUUCUCUGAUUCCUGGUCA